GUUCCUGACCCGAGUUAACUCGCUCCUUCCACCGGUUUACCUCUCUCCGUUCGUUCUUUGCGAAGCUUCGCCGCUUAGGAGGACCGAACACCGCAGAGUCUGUGUGCGUCUCAUCCCCCGAUUCUCACCGGAUUUAUCGGCGUCGUUCUCGUUUCGUGUAGGGUUUUUCGAGAUACACCAAUGAAGAGGACGAGUUAGAAGAAGAUGAAUAAAAGUUCCGCCUUUUUCCUCCGGUAGCCGCCGAUUUCUGCUCCCUGUCGCCGGCGGGGCUGAGCUUGGCGUACUGGUCUGGUGAAAGCGGUCGUUGGGAACGCCAAUCUUUCUGUAACAGUGUUAAAAGGAGGGCGGCUGCUGAAAGGGCAUCUCUUUUACCCUCUCUGUGUGUUGAACUCGAGAGCGAAACAGAGAGGUUUGGAUGAUGGAAUUGGAGAAUCCAUCCUCCAUGACAGCCUCCAACUCUGGUACCGGCGUUCCAGCAUCUCCUGCUUCGGCCAACUCCAGCCGCCACCGCUGCCGCUUGUGGUGGUCAAGAAGAAGAGGAACCUUGCCGGAAUUCAAGAUCCGGAGGCGGAGAUGGUGGCGCGGUCGCCGAAGGCGCUCCAAGAAGUACGCCGUGCAGUCCGACUGGAAAGCCCAAGCCAAGGUCUGCGGCACCCGCGAAUACAUCUGCGACUGCGGCGCCCUCUUCUCGCGGAGGAAAAGCUUCAUCCCCCAUAGAGCAUUCAGCGAUGCGCUGGCGGGCGAGAGAAUGACGACGAAUGAUCUGUCAAACACAAAUCCAAAGCCGCGCAGCGGCAGCAGAUGAGGAAGCAACAGCGGCGGCGGUCCUGCAGUCUUGUAGCAAAUGGGCUCUGGUGCACUUCAUCACCUGUGCAGGUGCAGUGUUCCCCCGCGACUCGGAAGGAGGAGGUGGCGGAGGAUGUGUUCUUCCUCCUCCUUGCUUUAUUAGUUCUACAUACAUUGUCAUCAUGUUAUUUAGCUGCCAUUGAAGCCGGAGCUCGGAGCUGUUCUUUCAUCGUCUUCUGUCUGCUGCCAACAUCGUAGCUUGCACAAACUCACGUGAUGAGGUUGCUCUCAAAUGAUGAUGAUGAUGAUGUAUAAAUCGUUGCAGUCUCACAAGUCAU